CUGUUUAUGUAUUAAAGUCGCCCACUACGUCAUGAGUAUAUGGUCACGAGAGCUUCAUGGAAAAUACGAGCGCACGGGUGAAUGGUUCCGGGGUAUAUAAAACCUUUCUAGAAACCUAGUGAUAGACAGGAUAGAGUUAUAUAACAUUCGACGAAAAAAAAAACCAAGAGAUUGACUGUUUGUCCAGUUGAUACUUUUCGUGUCUUUAUAAUUUUCAAAAAUGAAAAUUACAUUGUUUUGUGUGUCAGUAUUUUGGACGAUUUGUACGACUACAUCGAGAGAGAUUCCACAUCAGUACUCACGAAAUGCCAGAAUAGCAAAAGAAUUAAACGAACUGGAACAUCUAUUAAAAGAACGAGAAUAUGUCAGACAAGGAAGAUUUGGGAAACGACAUCUUGACAGACCGAGCAAGUCUUAUGCAAGGAAAAUGGAAGAAGGCAUGCAAAACCUAACACAGAGGAAAAGGUUGUUGGCAGAGAGAAAGAUGAAAGAAUGGAGGAAAUCAAAUGGAGAUCUACCUGAACCUGAGAAUAUUGACCCUGAUGACCCUGAAUCUAACCUGCUUGAAGGUAUGGAAAUUGAAAACAAUGGACAUCCUCAUCUAGGUCAAGGACUCCACCCAGAAAACAGCGCUAAGACGUAUGGUGAUUCCCAUGACUCACACAAACUUAUACCAGAACAAGAAGUACUAGCCAAGAAAUCAGGUUACUCAAGUGGCAGAAAGAGAAAUUUUGACACUUAUACCCCAUGGCUUUGGAAAGAUGGAAUUGCUCCUUAUAAUGGUACCCAGACAUGUACAUUUGAAGAUGGUGCUCCAUGUUUUUUGGUUGAAGCUACAAAUGAUGAUUUUGAUUGGACUCUUAGAAGUGGAAGCACUCCAUCUGGGGGCACUGGACCACAAUCAGCUGUAGAAGGCAGUAAAUACAAGUAUGUAGAAGUUUCUUCACCAAGAGCUAGCAACGAUAUUGCUAGGUUGGAAUCAUCAACGAACUUAAAUGCAGGUGACUAUUGUUUGACUUUUCAAUAUCACAUGUUUGGUUUGGAUACAAUGGGUGAUCUCAAAAUAUCAACUGGAGUUACAGCCCCUGAAAAUGAAGUAUUUAUAGAAUCUGGUAACCUUGGUGACCAGUGGAACAAGGGAAACGUUACAAUUUCUAAUGCUGCAGGAAUGAAGUUAUUUAUAGAAGCUAAUAAAGUAACAUCAUGGAAAGGAGAUAUAGCUAUAGAUGAUAUACAACUAAUGCCUGGAGUGUGUGCUGGGGUGAGUCCAUGCGACUACAGUCCUUGCCGAAAUGGUGGAUCCUGUUCAGAAUCAACCACAGCCAUUGGUUACACCUGUUCAUGUUUGAGUGGAUUUGUGGGACAACACUGUGCAGUUGAUGGCAAAACAGUAUCAGAAUUUACUUGUGGCUUUGAAACAGAAAAUAAUUGUGUGUUUGAAAAUGUUGAUGAUGAUGAUUUUCAGUGGACUUACUUAUCUGGAUCAACCCCUAGUGGUGGUACAGGCCCUUCUAGUGCAUAUGAAGGCACGCAGUAUGUCUACACUGAGGCCUCAUCUCCUAAUUUUCAGGGGGACACAGCUGUUUUGUCCACUGUUAAUACUUUACUUGCAGGUACAAGUAGCUAUUGCUUGAAGUUUUACCUACAUAUGUACGGUGCUCCUGGUACUAUGGAGGUCAAGUUUGGUAACCGUGGUUCUUCUUCUUCUUCUGUGUGGUCCAAGUCUGCUGACCAGGGAAAUCAAUGGGUCUUCCAUCAAGUGGAAUUACCUCCCAGUUUUGCAGAUCCAGUGAUUUUCUUUGAGGCAACCAGAGGGUCAUCAUAUAAAGGGGAUGUAGCCCUUGAUUCAGUUAAACUUAGUUUGGGACAAUGUGCCUGUGCUACAAACCCUUGUAACAAUGGUGGUAGCUGUAAUGAGGAUGGCAGUUCUGCUGGUUAUUAUUGUAAUUGUAUGACAGGCUGGUCAGGAGAUAACUGUGAUGUUCAAGAUUCCUACAGCUGUGGAUUCGAGACAGCUGGUGCAACAUGUAUUUUCCAGAAUGCAGAUUUUGAUAAUUUUGAUUGGACACGACAUACUAAAUCCACUCCAAGUCCUUUUACAGGACCAAGCGGUGCAGCCACAGGCGAUUACUACAUGUACAUAGAAACCUCCGCUCCAAGAGUUCAUGGAGACGCAGCUGUUCUCACAACUCACGAUACUAUCUUACAUGCUGGUAGUUGGUGUCUCACCUUCCAGUAUCAUAUGUAUGGAUUUGACAUUGGAUCAUUGAUAGUAUUAACUGAGGAUUCAUUGGCUGGUCUGAUGCUCAUCUGGAUAAAAUCAGGAAUGCAAUCUCAUCCAACCCUAUGGAAAACUGCUACUAUGGAUAUACCACAGCUAAGUGAUCCUGUUAUCAUAAUAAUUGGAAUCAGAGGUGGUAGGAAUAGGGACGACAAUUUGGGGGACAUUGCUAUUGAUGAUAUCGCCCUAAAUGCUGGAACAUGUGCUAGUGCUGGAAAGUAAACAGAAACAGAUUAACUCUACAAUCAUGACUAGGAUGGUGUGAUAUUUACACUUAUAAUGUUCAUGUGAUAUUAACAGUUACUUGUACAUUAAUGUGUCAGCAAUUUUUGAAUAUAAUAAAAUAUGUU